UUUGACUUUCUUCUCUUUCGGAAAGAUUGUAUUACUAACAACAAAGAUUUGACGUUUUAAGAUUGAGAACUCGGUGUUAGGAAUCUUUCUUUAUGUUGGAAUCAUAAAUAUUCUAACACAACUUUAUAACUAUGGCAACAGAUGAAAGGACUACUUUUGUGAAGUUAGAGGCGUUGAAAGAAAUCAGAGCAAAAACACUGCAGUUGGAGAAAAUGAAAAUGAGAAUAAUUCAAGAGGUUGAAACAACAGAACAAGAAGAAAAAUGUUUGUCGGAGUACAAACAAGAAAUGGAUCUCCUUAUGCAGGAGAAAAUGGCACACGUUGAAGAGCUGAGACAGAUCCAUGCUGACAUAAAUGCGAUGGAAAACGUCAUAAAACAAUCUGAAGAGUGCCGCAAUCGUGCGCUUGACACUGCAAAGCGAAUUCACGAAGAAUAUAGACCUCUAAAACUAGAAAUUGACCGUAUGAGGCGUGAAUAUUUGGGCCUAGAAAGGCUACCAGAACUGCAUGAAGAGGAAGGGGAUUUAAUUACUCCUGAUUAUUUUGAGAAACAUUUCAAAACUGACUGGCGACCAGAAAUGAGGGAAGAGCCUACUUUGUCUGGUUUAGCACUGGCUCACCAGAGUGCUGCUUCUGCUUUUCUUGCACCAUCACAGCCACCUAUGCAGCUGGUACAGAGUAGUAAUAAACCAGAGCAACGCCCCAUGCCACCUGCUCCAGGUCCAGCACCAACUUUUAGGCAACAGCCUCCUCCUAUGAAGUCAUGCCUAUCCUGUCACCAGCAGAUUCAUCGAAAUGCACCCAUCUGUCCACUGUGCAAAGCUAAAUCACGAAGUCGCAAUCCAAAGAAACCAAAGAAGAAAGACUGAAUAAUUUUUAUGAAUUUUUACCUUCAGUGUUGUUAAAGUGUAUGCCAGUAUAUAAGUAGUGGGCACACUUUGAAUUCACUUUGCUGCUCAUUAGAGCAAAUAGUGUGUCCAGUAAUUAAAGUUCUGUAUGUGUUACAGAGGUUCAGGAAUUUCUGUGAAGAAGAUCUGAUGACAAAUAACUGUGUGGAAUAAGUAUCAGUAUGAAUUGUAAUGUUUUGUACUUAGUGUUAGAAUUACUUUGAAAUGUAAGUUAUCACCUUAUAAAAGUUCUCUUACCUGAACACAUUUGAAAUAAUAUACUUUUCUUGUGUGUAAUGUACUGGUAAAAGUGGGAGGAGGAUUUUAUUAAUGAUUUUAUGAUAAUGUAUGUUGGAAAAGUAUGUGUUUCAUACUAUGGAGGUGCAACAUGGUUUAUAUACUUGCCAUAUUUUAACACAUUAUUGGAAAGAGUAGGAAAGAUUGAGUGUAGUAGUCAGUGUUUUACUGGUAAGACUUUAAUCUUCAAACUAAGAAUACUUAAAAUUACUUUCAAAGUGAAUAUGUUUGAAGGACAAAAUAUAUUGUGGACAUUAAAACAGCAAAUUUUUCAGAAAGAAGGGAAGAAUAGUGAUGAAUAUUUUACUCAAGAUUUUGCCUUCUUUCAUGAAGAAGUGUUUUUUCUUUUAAUUUUUGAGACUGCUUUAUAUAUAAAUGUUGUUUGAUCUAGAUGAUUCAGUGUGAUUAAAAUUUGAAUUGAAGAGUG